AUGAGUGACAAUCACCCCGAGGGAAUUCCGCCCAUUCCGGGCUUGGGAUCUCAGGGCUACUCCAUGCCUCCAGCAACUCCUCGCCCUCGCCCUGCUGUUUGGCCCUCUCGAGUCUUUCCCGUCAUUCCUCUUGUGCCUAUCCCAUCGGCACGGACUAAGGAUGACAGCACUUCGGAGCGCCCAUCAACUCCCGCUCCGGUUGAUGAUGACUUGUCUGCUGGUGUUUCCUGCCGUCUCAAUGAACGCACUCAGGGUGUCAGCAUUUCGGAGACUCAAUCAACCCCUGUUCCAUCUGUUGAUGAAUUUUUCGAUAAAACUUUCCCCCAUCGCAAUGAACGCACUCAGGGUGUUAGGAUUUCGGAGAAUCAGGCGACUCCUGCCCUACUUGAUGAUGACUGGCUCGCUCGAGCUUUCCCCCGUCACUAUGAAUACCCUUGGACCCAGCGGCAACCCACUGCUGCGGAGCUUUGGCAGCAACAGUCAUCUCGUGCUGAAGUGGAUGAUAACCCUUAUUCUCUCGCCCAUGUGCCUCGCCGUGAUACCCAGUCACAGUAUCUGGCUACUCCUGUCCCGGCAACUCCUAUGAAUCGAAAUCUCGGUGUUCGCCAAAUGGCUGCUGCGACUCCUGUUCCGACAACUCCUAUGAACUUCAAUCUCGGCGUUCGCCAAAUUGCUGCUUACGAUCCUGCCGGCUCUGUCUUUGAUGAGGCCUCCAUUCAUCAGCCCCGACUGCUCGCUGAAGGAUUCAUUCCUGCUGGCCAGAUUCGUCCUCCUCCUGGGCUUACUCAUCCGGACAUGGCGCAUCCUUCCGAUUCUCCUCUGACUGUCCGACCCAGCCAUCCUAGCCCUGGUCAUGUUCGGUCUACUCCUCAGGUCCACUCUCAGAGCCUUCUGCCCUAUUCACCCCCUACUCCGCGAACCGUCCCUCGUCGCUUCCGUGUGGCAAACAUUGAUACCGACACCGACCCUAUGUUGGCCCUUCAAAUUGCCCAGCACUUCAAGUCAGCGAUCGGUCCGUUCGUCACAGAGUUGAACACCAAGGGUCAUUUCUACAUCGGCUUUGAUGAUCUUAACGACGCACUUAAAUGGAUGGACAUGAUCCAGAGGGCGCAAAUCGGAUGGCAUGUGUAUCCCCUGUCGGUGGAUGAAUUCAAUGAUGCCACUAGACUGCCCUUCCCGAUUUCUGCGGAUCUGGACGAUGUGGUGAUUGUUACCGCUUGGUGCGGACCACAGUCUCCUGUGAAAGUUUCGAACGUCGUGGAUCAUGUGUUGCCGUUCCUGCAACUGGUUGGAGUUGUUUACUCGGCUGUGGUUCUGCCUGGACAAGAGGAUUACCCUUUGAUGGUCCGGUACUAUGAGGUGGAGGUCAGAUACCGCCAGAUCCAGUCGGCUCUCAACGCAAUCAGGGCCCUGAACGGGAUUCGCGAUGCUGUCCUCGUUCUCGAAGUGAUGCCUCCCGUGGCCGGUAGUCACUUCGCCACCACGUCCAAGGCCCGCCACGACUACGAAGCUGGCAUGAAGGACUCCCGGCCGCCGCGGCACCAACUCGGGCCGCCCCCCGUUACGCCCCGGACCCCCGUCAGCGGUCGUGACGACCAAGAACACGCGAUCGACCUGAACAAGAUCGCGUGCGGCACUGAUGGCCGAACAGCCAUCAUGUGCCGCAACAUCCCGAACAAGAUGACUUGGAGAGAAUUCAAGUCCGUCUUGGACAUGUCGAGCGCCGGGCGCUACGACUAUGUCUAUCUCCGAAUUGACUUCGGAGCCAACCAGAACGUCGGCUACGCGUUCGUGAAUUUCGCGACGCCCGCCGACAUCGCGACCUUUGUUCGGGCCCGUGCCGGGCGUACCUGGCCUGGCUUCGAGCGAUUUACUGGAAAAAUCGCCGAAGCCAGUUAUGCUGAUGUUCAGGGAUUGAGCACCCUGAUCGAGCGAUUCCGGAAUAGUCCGGUAAUCCUCAACCACCCGGACAACCGUCCAAGACUGUUCCACACCAGUGGACCCAAGACCGGCGCGGAGGCGUUUUUCCCGCUGGUCAGCAAUUUCUACACCCUGUCGAUGGGUGUUUUCCGCAGCCAGGUUGAUGCUGGUCUGCGCGGGGCUGAGACCCCCACCGCCACCCGCAGGGCUGGCCGACCUCGACUUCCCCCCCAGCCGAGGAUUACCCCACCAACAACUAGGUGGCGGUUCGACGACCCCGUUGCCCCGAAGCCCGGGCUCAUCCCCCCCCGUGGCUGA